UUCAUUGUGAGUGUACAAGCUUUACCGAUCUACUCCUCUCAGAACAGAACGGGAAUAAUCGUAUUUCACUGGAACGAAGGAGGAAAGUUCGAAGACAGAAGAAGUUUGAAGAUUCACAAACAGCUGCGGUAGGAUUAGACGUUUGUGGGUUUCCCAGAUCUAUAUGGUGGCUUAGUUAAAAACUCUGAAUCGAUUUCGCUGAAAAAAAAACACGUAUUGCUUCGAACGGAUCCCCACACAAGUCAGACAGUGUGGUAAAAGUGUCAGAGUGUGCUGAGUGGAAACCAGUUUUUUCGGCUGUUUUUCAAAAAAGUGCCAAUCGUGACUCGGAAAAAGCUGCACGGUGUGAUUAGUGUGAUCUACAUUUUAGCAGUUUCAGCGAGACGUUCUGCAAACGAGUCGGAGCAAAAGCUUUGUAAAAUUUCCGAAAGAUGGAUCUAAUAAACAACGUAUACGGAGGAUGGCGAUACCUGAUGGAUGAACUGUCAGAUCCUCGAACAAACGAUUGGCCCCUGAUGAGUUCACCCUUUCCCACCAUCGCUAUUAGUUUGCUUUAUGCUUAUUUCGUAAAGGUCCUUGGUCCCCGGUUUAUGGAAAACCGAAAGCCAUUCGAGCUGCGCAAAGUGCUGAUCGUCUACAAUGCAAUCCAGGUCGUCUUUAGCAUCUGGCUCUGCUAUGAGGCAUUGGCAGCAGGUUGGCUAGCCGGAUAUAGUCUCCGCUGUCAACCGGUCGACUACUCCCGAUCUACGAAUGGACUGCGGAUGGCAAAUGGCUGCUGGUGGUACUUCUUCUCGAAAUUUACGGAAUUCUUCGAUACGUUCUUCUUCGUGAUGCGUAAGCGCUACGAUCAGGUUUCGACGCUGCAUGUUAUUCACCACGGUAUCAUGCCGGUUUCCGUCUGGUGGGGAGUUAAAUUCACCCCAGGUGGCCACAGUUCGUUCUUCGGUUUGCUGAACACGUUCGUACACAUCGCCAUGUACGCUUACUACAUGCUGGCUGCCAUGGGACCAAAGGUUCAGAAGUACCUCUGGUGGAAGAAGUACCUGACCGUUCUCCAAAUGAUCCAAUUCGUUCUGGUGAUGCUGCACGCCUUCCAGCUGCUGGUCUGGAACCCAUGCAACUACCCAAUCGCCUUCGCUUACUUCAUUGGCGCCCACGCUCUGAUGUUCUACUUCCUGUUCUCCAGCUUCUACAAGCGGGCCUACGCACAGCGAAAGCCCAAGAAGGAAAAGGACGAAAAGCUGGCUUUGGCCAACGGAAACCUCGAGUCGGAACCGAACAAGAACAUCGACACCUCGUCAGUCACCUCCAGCUUCCAGACGUCCAAUGGCAAGAGCUCCAGCUUCUACCAGGCCGUCGGCAAAACCGUCGAUGACAGCUACUCGGCCACGCGGCAUCGGGUCUACGUGGGAUCGGUGAACAACUGAAGCGACACAGGGUGGAAUAUGUUUCCGUAAGGAUACAGCUCAUCAUCAUCAUGUGACUCGUCAACUCAUGUAUACCAAAAGCAAUACGCUCACUCAUACACGCAAAUGAAUUUCAAUGCAGCGCUUACAAUAUGAUUUUUAUACUUAAAUGCUACGUAAUCAAUAGACAUUACCGAUAUAGGGUCAAUUCUGGCAAAAUGAUAGCUCAUUAUGAUUUGUCAACUUCCGUUCAUUUUUACUCAUUUUACAAGACGACAGACGCACGCGUUUAAGCAAUAAUUGAUGAUAGAAGAAAAUUAGAUUGUUAAUCAGCUUUCGUAAAUUGCCACCAGGUGGCAGAAUUUUUGUUUCUGCCUCGGACCAUCUACAAAUAAGAGACCAUUAUAAA